GUACGUUUGAUGCGACACGACGAACGACGGCAAUGACUGAUCAACUGCUCAUUGCGUUUUCGUUUCAGUAUUGCGUCAAUCCUUUCGUGUGUUUUUUUUUUUUUUGUGACAGUAUGAACACGUUUUGUGUUACUUUUAUGUUUUUUUUUUAAAUUUUUUUUAUUGGAUAAUUUAAUUAAACUAACGGGACAAUAAUGUAUUGAAUUGAGUAAAAUAAUAUAUUGAUUGCUCAAAAUCGCUCAAAAUGGUUGUUAUGGAAGAAUUUUACCAUCUGGUAGAGGCGAAUCACUUUACCAUUAGUGGUAUUUGGAAAAUAUUACCAAUGAUGUUUAUAAUAGUUGGCUCAUUGUGCGGCAUAAUAUAUGCAUUUACCUUAGGACGUUUUAAAGAACGUUUUAAUAGACGUUGCGUAUUUUUUUCAUAUUUUUAUACUCCAUCAAAGACAUCAACAAUUACAACAAGAACCUUUACGGCUGAUGAUGAUUUUACCCAUCAACAACAAUGGAACGAAACAUUAUUUGGCCGUAGCUAUAAUAUAUCACUUCAAAUUCAUAAUAACUUAACGAAUAAUAUAUCACAUUUCUAUAACGAACGUAUGUUACCAUCAUCGUUUAUCACAACAGAUAAUAAUAAAUUGAUCUACAUUAAUGAUGAAAAUGAUAAUAAAGAGAAUUUAACAAAAUUAUUACAUAUUAAUCAACAAGAUUAUGAAUAUGUAUAUUAUUUAGUGAAUAAAACAAUAAAUGGCACAGUCAAACAAAUACAAGAAACACGUGUUGAAUUACCAAAAUUAGCAGAUAUAUUUUGGACUGAUGAGAGUACCUGUGAUUUUUUACAAUUUACACCAUUAAUGUGUAGUUUAUUUGGAAUAACACUUGUCGCCUUUUUUGUUAUGUUUGGUAAAGGUGGUAAUUCAGCAACAAAUGGUUUACGUAGUCCGUGGAGGAUUGUAGGACCAAGUUUAAUUGCUACUACUAUAUUCGCAAUAUUAACAAUUAUAACGUUAAAUUAUCUGAAUAAAGGAACAUUAACAUUUUGUCAAAAUUUCGUACAAACCUAUGAUAAAAUGCCUUGUAGUGAAAUAUUAAAUACAGUAAGUAAUCGCAUUGAAAAGGAUCAUGAAAGAAUGCUAUUGAGAAACGAUGGAUAUUUAAUACAGCAUGGUUUAACCCGUAUGGCAAAUGGAACUCUCAUUAUAUCGAGUAGACCGGAUGAAUCAACAAAAAUACCUUUUAAUAUAAGUGCAAAACAUCUAAAUCACAUUCGGUGGUUAAACACACACGAAUUAUAUUAUUUAUCCGAGUUAGUUUUAGCAAUUGGAAUGUCUGCAUGGAUAUUAUGUGCCGUAUUUUUAAUAAUACGUAUGGUCACAAUCAUCGAUUUUCAAUUAAUUAAAGUAACUGUAUCGACGAAUGAGAAAAUUAUUCCUACGAAAAAUGUUAAAUUUAUUAGUACUCCUGAAUUGCAAACUAUUUUUAGUCGACAAGACGAUGAAGCAGAAGAAGAACCCGACACUGAAAUGGAAUUAAUAUCGCAUAGUCCGGAGGGAGAAAACUCACAAAUUACAUUAGCUAGUCCAGAUCUGUUCGAAGAUGAUACUGAAGACAGUAGCUAUGAAUUAAUUGAUUUAAAACCAAAAAUUGCAAAAGACCAACAAAUCAGACAAAAGGAAUUUGUUUGAUAAAAUUUUUAAGAAAAAAACGUCGUUUAAAUUUUUU